AUGCAUCGCUAUUCUGUUCAAAGGGUUGGUGAUGAGUACGUCUACACUCGCAUUUUCGAAGAGUGGGAAGACUCAGACUAUGUGGACGAUGAUGAAGAACUUGUCAUCAGCCAAGAAAACGCUCAAUUGAUUGCUUGGAUUGACGGAUUUGAGGAGUCUAUGCCCACUAUCGAAGAAGUGCACGCAAGAUACCAUGAACUGGUCGGCAAGCAUACAGCAGAUGACAUUUCUAGCAGAAAUGCUAGUGAGCGUUUCUGGUUACAUAGGCUAAUGAAUGGCACAGUGGGAGGUCCAAAAUCUUCAAAGAGAGAUGGUGUUCUCAGGCUUCCAGGAUAUGGUCUCCCCUUGAGUUUCGGCAUAGACAACAAGAAACGUCAGCCUUUCCUUCUUGGCUUGCAUGAUGAAGAUUGGAAAUCGCGAACACUCAUGAAUCGUGAAGUGUGUAUGCUCAAGUUGGAGGAGGAUAUCACAAACAAGCCGCAUUGGUGGGAGAAAGUCUUGAAAGCUGAUAUUGUCUACAAAUGGAAGCAAGAAGCGCUGCAAAUGCCAUGGACAAGCUAUCAGCACAAUGGUGAUUUUACAAGCAAAAUGGCCGAUGCGUGCUUCAAGGAUCUUGCGGCAAAGGCUAAAAUUUACGAACAAGUGAAGCUAAUCCCCGUGAUGGAAUCUUCCUCUUGUGCCAUCAAGUCUGACGCGCUUCUCCCCAAUGAGUUGACACAGAAGCUCAGAACUGCGGCUGCAUUACUUGAAGACGUUCCUGGGUCCCAGCGAGACUGGCAUCCGGGAAGCAACGAGAUGGUGCUGGACCUUGUUCACCCCUCACUCUGGCCGUUGGUGUUUGGCCGAUCUCGAAUUGUCUCCGACAAAUACGUAACGCUGGACAAGUGCCUUGAUCAUUGCGGGUCGGGAGAAGUCAUCCCGGAGCCUAAAAGGCCACAUCUCAAGAUACCAGACGGCUCUCCAUUUUUCACUGAAUACAACGAUAAGAGAGCUUCAUCACUACGAUACCAGUGGCUUCCAUGCGAUGUUGAUCUGAUAGGUAGUCGACCACGAAUCAAGAGCUACGUCAACAAUCUUCACCCUGUGCGAUACAAAGCCGUAUAUUCUCUCAUCGAAGAGCUUAUUGAAAUAUCCCUCCCCGCUUGGGAUAUUGUCUGCCGUUCAGCUCGCAAGGAGUUCAAGUUCAAGAGAUUCGGAACCGUUCACGAAGUCAAGUGGAUGUGUAACGUUCCUGAGAUCUGUUCGAAGAUGCAUGGCUGUUAUCCGAGUAGUAGAUCAUUCGCAGAAGGCGAGGAUUACGACAGUGGUUCGGAAACUAGUUCUGUCUUAGAAGAGGGUGAGCGGUUGAACAGGGAAUGGUGGGCAGAAACUCACAAAAUUAAAUGCCCAGAACCAUUGGAGGAUGCAACAUACCCCCUGAAUGCAUCCCAUUUCAGAAGUGAAGGUUUCUUCAACGAUGCCUCACAGAUUCAAGUCAUUUUCAAGAUGGCAAACAUUCAUCUGACUCCUGAGAAGCCCAGGUAUGAUGGUGGCUCAUGGCACGUUGAAGGGCAACUCAACGAACAUAUCUGCGCCACGGCUCUGUUCUACUACGACAGCGACAACAUCACCGAGUCUCGUCUUUCCUUCCGUACUCAUGCGGAUAGAGAAAACCUUAGAGAUAGGCUUAGUUACUCUCAGGGAGACCACCAUGGUAUUGAAGCGAUCUUUGCCAUCAAAACUAAAGGGGAUAAGAUGCAGGAUCUAGGGAGCGUCAUGACACCAGAAGGUCGAGCCUUGUUUUUCCCUAAUGUUUAUCAGCACCGAGUUGAACCUUUUGAGUUGGCCGACAAGACGCGCCCCGGGUAUCGCAAAAUUGUCGCUCUGUUUCUUGUUGACCCAGUCAUCCCGAUCAUCUCGACAGGCAACGUGCCCCCCUCAACAAAAGCAUUGGUGGAAGGAUGA